CCGCUCAUCCCCACUUCCCCAUACAUCUGUCUUGUCUUUUCAUUUCACAGUCUCUUCUUCCUUUUGAUCUCUCUCCCUCUCAAAACCAUCUGCAUCUCUCAUUUUUCUAUAAACAUGAACCCUAAAAGCACCAAAACAGAAACAAAGAUUAACCAAAACACUGAUAAAAUAGCAUGGACGGAAGAUGCGAUUAGGGUUUCACAUAUCUCAUUCUUAUCCGCCUCCGCCUCUCUCUCUCUCUCUCUCUCUCUCUCUCUCUCUCUCUUCCCCCUCACCCUCUCUCUAGCGACGAUUCAAAAACUGCAAGCGAUUGAUGAAGAUUUCACCAGAUCCAUUCUGAUUCUGCUAUCAUCGGCGGCUAUAGAUGGUGGUUGUCUGGUUAGGUUAGCCAUUUCGACUACUCGACAUCCCUAAGAACGAUGGAGAAGAGGUGCAGCUGAGACAAUAAUGUUAUAGUUUAUGGGAAUACGAACAAGUUAUGUUAACUAAGGUAUUUGGUGGUUGUCAUUCAUUCAUUGUGCAUGCUUACUAUGAAGGUAUGUAAUAUUAGAAAAAGGUAUGUAAUAUUAGAAGAAGGUAUGUAUGGAUAAUUAAUAUGUGUUCUUUUUUUUUUCUGUUUUUGGUUCCUUGACUUCCCUUCAUAUUAUUAGAGUCAAGAUCUUAAAUGAAAAAUUGGUUACAAUGGAAAAAGAUCUUAUUAAAUUUACUGAUCCACUUUAACGAGAUGCACAAUGCAUCCCAAACAUGACGCAUCCAGAUGCUCCAAUUGGAGGAGAAGAUAGUUCAAUAAUUAGUAAAACAGUAUCUGAGUUUAGAGCUAAUGUUGGUUUUUUGAUUUUGCAGGAGUAUAAUAAGACUAAACAUCCACAACUUUUGUAUAAAGCUAAGUUGUACAAUCUUCUUCAGGUGGUAUACCUUCCAUAAAAUGGUCCGGUGUAGAUGCAGAGGAUAAUGUUUUAAUUAUUGAUUUGCUAGGACCGAGUCUUGAGGAUCUGUUUGUGUAUUGUGGGAGGAACUUUCAAUUGAAAACAGUCUUGAUGUUGGCUGAUUAAAUGGUAAGUUGUGUAUUAAAUGGUAAGUUGCUGAUUAAAUGGCCAGGCAUCAAGAGGAAAAGAAGAAAGAGGAAGAAGCAAAAGCGAUAGCAUUGGAAGCCGAAAAAGCUGCAAAAGAAGCACCUGAAAUGGCGGCUACGGAAAGUCAAAGAAACGCUGCUGAGGCUUUGACUGCUUCACAAGGAGCGGUUUCUACGGAAUCCGGUUCUGGUAGACUCAAUAAAGCACCCGAAGGAAAUGUCCUCAAGGGUGCUGAGAGUGCUUUAAAAAUGGAAGAAAGUAGGCUGCAAAUAUAUAAAGAAGUGGUUGGAAAAGGUUUUGCUUCGGAAAUGGAUUCUAAUCGACUUUGGCAACACGUUUUGGGUUUUCAUAUGCCCAUAAGCGAGUGCAGCCACAACACCGUAGCCAGCGCAACCUCAGCGAACGCAGCCGCAAUGAGGAAUUAUACUAUUUUCCAAGGUGCUGAGUCAAAGAAUGGUCAUUUGAAGAAGUUGGAGAAUGCUAAAGAGAGGCUGCAUCUUUCCAGGCAUUUUUGUUGGACUUUGAAAGACUUUGUGUCGCCUUUGCUGGUUGCUCUGGAGUUCUUCAUGUUGCCUCCCCUGGUCCUGAUAGCGUCAUUGACCUUGAUAAAAGAUUCAGAACGGCUUGUUCUGCUAAAGGAAAUUGGUGGUAUUCGAGUUCAUGAAGAGCGCCAUCGCGAAAGCUUGAAAAUCAUGCAAGAAACUGAAUAUAAGGAAAUCACUUCAUUUUGAGUUCUAUCCGAUUCAGCGAUGCCGUUCCGUUCCUAUGGAGAUUCUUUGCUCAAGUUCUUGAUGUUUUAGAUAUAGUGGUAUGAUUUAUUGUUCGAACCAUUUAAUAUUUCUCAACUAUGGGAAUGUUUUGAUUGUUUAUACGGUUCGAACCGUUUGUAGCCGAAAGUUAUUGAUCCGGACUCUUGACAAUCAUUAUGAACUUGAAAAGGUGGGUUUAUGUCUACUUAUGAUUUUGCUUA